GUUGCAACGAAAGGUAGUCAAUCAUUUAAAGAAGGAAGUAUAGACGUUGUGGCAAUGAUUGACGAGGAUAAUUUCCUUUCUGGUGGUGAUAGUGGCACAAUAUCUUUAUGGAAUAUUAACAAAAAGAAACCGAUAUUUGUAUAUCAUUUGGCACAUGGCACACAGUCUUAUGAAUCAGAAAGUGAAGGUACAAUACCUUUAGCAUAUUGGAUAAUAUCAUUAACUACAAUUAGAUAUUCCGAUUUAUUUGCUUCUGGUUCAUGGGAUGGCAAUAUUCGAUUAUGGAAGAUUACGAAUAAUAUUAAAUCUUUUGUUCCCUUAACACAAAUAGCAAUGAUAGGAUUUAUAAAUUCAUUACAAUUUGUAACACCUGUAAUUGACGAAAAAACAUUUCUCUUAGUUGGU